AUGAUCUGUACGCAUUCUGAGUUUGAAGGGAGGUUUUUUGACCAGAUGCUGAGCUUGAACUUGUUAUCCUUGUGGAUCACGACCAUUCCUGUUGGGGUGAAUUUCUUGAAGUAUCCGAUGCACAGGCAUAUCAGCAUUCUUUCGAAGUAUCUUUGUGCAACCUCCUUUUUGAGCAUCAAGCUCCAGUCGCAUCCGUUCAUGUUGUUUUCGUCCUCCCAGACAGGAUUGAUGCCGUCCUUGAAGAUAUUUAUGUAG